AUGGAGGGAGGGGGUGAAGGUGAAGGGGAAGUGGGUGAGAGGUGGGUAAGAGGGAGGGGGGUUGAGAGGGAGGACCUCUGCCUUUCCUGAGGCAUAGUAACAGGGAGGGGGGGUUGAGAGGGAGGACCUCUUUGCCUUUCCUGAGGCAUAGUAACAGGCUGUGUGUGUGUGUGUGUGUGUGUUUCCAUUAAAGCCCAUGUGUGUGUGUCCAUCACCCAGACAGGCCAGCCCUGGGAGAAGGCCUAUUUCCUAUUAUAGAUGUGGACUGCAGGGGAAGGCAGAGGGGCGGUAGGAAGACAUGAGAGGGGGGAGAGCAAAUGUAGUGGAGAGGACUCCUCUUAACGUUGCGGUAGUAGGGAAGGGGAGGAAGGGGGAAAAGGGAGGGGGGAGGAUUGGGCGUAAGGGUGUUAGGCAGUAUGACACCUCCCACACCUCCGCUCUCCCCCUCCUCUGCCUUCUGGCCUUUACCUCAGUGAGAGUCUGCAGGGAUGGAAUCUAUAAAAGACCUCAAAUUAAUUUACACUGAACAUAAGUAUAAAUGCAACAUGUAAAGUUUUGGUCUCAUGUUUCCAUAUGCAAAAAAAGCUUAUUUCUCUCAAAUUUGUUCACAAAUGUGUUUACAUCCCUGUUAGUGAGCAUUUAUCCUUUGCCAAGACAGGUGAGGCAUAUCAAGAAUCUGAUUAAACAGCAUGAUCAUUACAAAGGUGCACCUUGUGCUGGGGACAAUAAAAGGCCACUUUACAAUUUGCAUUUUUUUCAUACAACACAAUUUCUGGAAGCUGAAAAUGUCCCAGUUCUUCCAUGGCCUGCAUACUCACAGAUGUUUCACCCAUUGAGCAUGUUUGGGAUGCUCUGGAUCGACGUGUACGACAGCGUGUUCCAGGCCAACAGCAACUUUGCACAACCAUUGAAGAGGAGUGGGACAACAUUCCACAAGCCACAAUCAACAGCCUGAUCAACUCUAUGCGAUGGACAUGUGUCGCGCUGCGUGAGGCAAAUGGUGGUCACACCUGAUACUGACUGGUUUUCUGAUCCACGCCCCUACCUUUUUUUAAAGGUAUCUGUGACCAACAGAUGCAUAUCUGUAUUCCCAGUCAUGUGAAAUCUAUAGAUUAGGGCCUAAUGAAUUUAUUUCAAUUGACUGAUUGCCUUAUAUGAACUGUAACUCAGUAAAAUCUUUGAAAUUGUUUAUAUUUUUGUUCAGUAUAGUUCCUCCAGUUCUUCCUCACAACCCUGACUGGGAACAGCCAGAUGCUGCCACCAGGGAGAGCAAUGAGUAUUAUGAAAUAAUCUAUCUCUCUCUGAAUUCUCCUGAAUGCAACAACUGUUGUAAGGCCUUGAUUCAAUCAGAUCGACCGUUUAACCGUGUUGGCCUACAUAGAGGAUGUUUUGGCGGUGUUGGAGGUGUAACUGUGGUAUGAGCUGACAAAUCGGUCAGCGGCUGCUCUUGUGUGUCAAAAAACACUCCAUUCCUAUUAUCCCUACCCGUUAGAAGUUCAAAACGGUGAUAGAAAGUGUAGGUUUAUGCAUUUUUCCAUGUUAAUUUGGAUGGGGAUAGGCUAUCAGUCUAAUAUAGGUGUAGACAACAGAACAUCACGCAUUCGAGUGUUUGAACUUGUUACACGGCUGCAUGAACUUCUAACGCGGCUGCAUGGGAUUUGUCAGACAUAAAGUUGUGUGUGGUUUCGUUGCAUCCGUUGGCAGUGUCCGCGAUAAGGUAACGCAAGGAGCCGCUUGUGGAUUUGACAGCUCUAAAGCAGCUCCACCUCUUACACCGCCACAACAACAACGCUGUAGCUCUUCUCUCUGUAGCCAUAUGAAAAGGGUGAGCUCAACAGGCUAUUUCUGUUUCCCAAGGGGGCACAUGUGCCCAAGCCCCCCCAGACCAUUACCACAACAACAGAUCUGGAGGGUUUUCUCUUCUAACUCUAGUCCCAUGUUUUUAUUCUAUGUUUUAUGUUCUUCAGAGGUGCUGUUAGCAACUAGCCGUUAGCAUUAGCGGACCAGAUUUAUAAAUAGUUUGAGGGGCCUGUUUGUUUCAUCUGUCUGACACUCGACACCGACCGUCUGUCAGAUAGCUGGCUACGUGUACUAGCUGAAGGCCCUGGUAACCGUCCCCAGCCUACAACACUAGCUUUCUCCUGGACGGCUCGUCUUCCUCCGCCUGAUCUUCAGACCCUUCGUCUAACCAAGCAUCUGACCAGGCACUCCGAGGCCUGAGAGAGUACUGUAUGGAUGGAGGACUGGGUUAGAGCAGCAUGUUAAGUAGAGAGGCACAGAGCGGUCAGUGUGCUGUCUGAGAGGGCUCUGUUAGGGCAACAAAGGGCCUGUCUUUCUGCAGCUGCUGGCUUGGUGCACCAUGCCAAGGCUCUCCCGCAGGACAGACUUGUGUUUGAGGAUUUACUAAAAGAUCACUACACAAAUAUGGAAUACAGCAGCAGAAGGUAAGACAGUACGCCGGUUUCUUUCCACCCACUGCUUUGUGUUAUCUUUGGUCAUGAACAGGGGUAGAUAGAUACUGUAUGAAGGAAUGCAUGUGCACUCAUCUCCCAUGGGUACUGCAUGGUUGACACAUUCACUGAAAAUAGCUGUUGCUGCACAGUCUUUCACUGCAUUGGACUGACUGCAAUUGAAACCUAUGAACAUGGCCAAAAGUACACUAAUGGUUUCUGUUAUAUACUGCUGGGUUCAGUAGCUGUAAGGUGUAACUGUAAAUGACCACCAGCCAUUUUAAGGGAGGCCCAGUGGUAUCAGAGACUGUGGAGCUAGGACUAGAGACAAUCUCUAAGUUUAAUGAAGGACACUACAUGACCAAAAGUAUGUGGACACCUGCUCGUCGAACAUCUUUCCAAAAUCAUGGGCAUUAAUAUGGAGUUGGUCCCCCUUUGCUACCAUAACAGCCUCCAUUCUUCUGGGAAGGCUUUCCAAUAGAUGUUGGAAAAAUGCUGUGGCCUGGCUCGCAGUCGGAGUUCCAAUUCAUCCCAAAGGUGUUCGAUGGGGUUGAGGUCAGGGCUCUGUGCAGGCCAGUUAAGUUCUUCCACACCGAUCUCGACAAACCAUUUCUGUAUGGACAUUCCACAAACUGUUGCCACAAAGUUGAAAGUACAGAAUAGAGAGCCUGAAUUCUUACUGGUUGGUAGGUGAUCAAAUACUUAUGUCAUGCAAUAAAAUGCAAAUUAAUUACUUAAAAAUCAUACAAUGUGAUUUUCUGGAUUUUUGUUUUAGAUUCCGUCUCUCACAGUUGAAGUGUACCUAUGAUAAAAAUUACAGACCUCUACAUGCUUUGUAAGUAGGAAAACUUGCAAAAUCGGCAGUGUAUCAAAUACUCGUUCUCCCCACUGUGUAGUGUAUUUUAAGACUGGGCAGGUAUGAUGGAUGUACGAUGAAUAUUCAGCGAUACUGAAUGCAGCUUUUCUGUGAAUCCUAGGUCAGUGCAAUCAAAAUCUACAUUAUGGUUAAUUUGGAUUCUAAUACCUAUGGAAGAGUUUCUGUUUGUACAUUUAGCUGACAUAUAGUGGCUUGUUUGAUUUAAUCUAUUUAAUCCAUUCUAGCAUAUAUCUGAUGACAGAAUGUGUUGUUCCCCGGGUCAGGAGUACUAAUGUACAGUAGAUAUUCUAUAGUAUUAGAUCUGUGUGGUGUGGUCUGCAUCUAGUUACUGUAGCGUAUCUGGUAUGUAAUGAGUGCUGUCUGAUACUCCCAGUCAGGUCAGGAGGUAUUAAUGGCCCAGUAGAUAUUCUGGGCCGGGUGACGACUGCCUGGCAGCUGCAGUAAAAUUAAACACCCAUGAUGAUCACCCUGUAUUACACUCCUCAGUGAUUACCCCGUUUAACACUGCUUCAUUACUGUAUUGCACUGCUAUGCAAGUUAACACACAGCAAAUACUGAUUUCUGGUGUUGUAUCCUUUCAUAAAGCGUUUCAAUUCUGUAUCAGGCUUAAAGGGAUAUUCCACUCAAAAUACUUUUGUACAAUAUGAGUUGGAUUGAGGUGUUUGCAAGCUAUCUUAUAUUUUCAGGGUGAAUGGUACUUUUAUAUGCAAUUCUAACUCAACAAAAUAUGGCUAUUAAGUAAUUCAAUAAGCGAACUAAAUAUCCCAAACCAACAUUUUUAGUGUAACAUUCCUUUAAGUUCCCAAGGGAAUGUGCACAAUACCGUAGCGCUGUUAGCAACUUUAACAAUUUUCAGAUCUCAGUUAUUCUUUAGAGACACAGGAUAUGUUAUUCAUUGAUGGGAAUUGUGGGUAAUGAAAAGGAAAGGAUUUUGACUGAUUUGCAUCAGAUCAGGUGAUUGUUUUCGUCGUCUAGAACAUAUUUUCCAUUUAAUGUCUUCUUUUCAGUUCUGAGAGCUGAAGUUUGACUGCCUCAGGUACAAUUCUGUUGUAUAAUCCUUGAGCAAGCAGCAGUCUGUUUCAGCCACACCCAUUGCUGACAGGUGUAUAAACACGAGCACAGAGCCAUGCAAUCUCCAUAGACAAACAUUGUCAGUAAAAUGGCCUUAUUGAAGAGCUCAGUGACUUUCAACGUGGCACCGUCAUAGGAUGUCACAUUUCCAACAAGUCAGUUCGUCAGAUUUCGGCCCUGAUAGAGCUGCCCCAGUCAACUGUAAGUGCUGUAAUUGUGAAGAUGGAAAUGUCUAGGAGCAACAACGGCUCAGCCGCAAAGUGGUAGGGGCUGUUUUUCAUGGUUCGGGCUAGUCCCCUUAGUUCCAGUGAAGGGAAAUCUUAACGCUACAGCAUACAAUGAUAUUCUAGACAAUUCUGUGCUUCAAACUUUGUGGCAACAGUUUGUGGAAAGCCCUUUCCUGUUUCAGCAUUACAAUGCCCCCGCGCACAAAGUGAGGUCUAUACAGAAAUGAUUUGUUGAGAUCGGUGUGGAAGAGCUUGACUGGCCUGCACAGAGCCCUGACCUCAACCCCAUCGAACACCUUUGGGAUGAAUUGGAACGUCGACUGCGAGCCAGGCCUAAUCGCCCAACAUUAAUGCCCAACCUCACUAAUGCUCUUGUGGCUGAAUGGAAGCAAUUCCCUGCAGCAAUGUUCCAACAUCUAGUGGAAACCUUUCCAGAAGAGUGGAGGCUGUUAUAGAAGCAAAGGGGGGACCAACUCCAUAUUAAUGCCAAUGAUUUUGGAAUGAGAUGUUCGAUGAGCAGGUGUCCACAUACUUUUGGUCAUUUAGUGUACAUUGUAUGCAAAAAAACUUUUUUUUUAUUUUUUAAAGAUAGGGGUCAAAACUAUUGGCUUCCAUUUGCAAUACCUUUCAAUACCUCACCUUGCAAGGAUAAGGGCACUGAGCCUUUUUCUAAAAUGUUUUAUGAGAUUGGAGAACACAUUGGGAGGGAUCUUCCAGAUCCUUGAUAUCCUUCAUUUGCCCUCUUCAAUUCAAACCACAGGUUUUCAAUGGGGUUCAAGUCCGGAGACUGAGAUGGCCAUUGCAAAAUGUUGAUUUUGUGGUCAAUUAACAAUUUCUUUGUGGCUUUUGAUGUGGGCUUGGGCUUAUUGUCUUGCUGGAAGAUCCACUUGCGGCCACGUUUCAGCCCUCUGGCAAAGGCAACCAGGUUUUUGGCUAAAAUGUCCUGGUACUGGGUAAAGUUCAUAAUGCCGUUGAGCUUAACAAGGGCCCAAGGACCAGUGGAAGCAAAAUAGCCCCAAAAAAACAAAGAUCCACCACCAUAUUUUACAGUCGUUUUGGGGGUUAUUUUCUGCAUAUGCAUCUUUCUUUCAACGCCAAAGAGCUUAAUUUUCAUAUGGCUUUCACGACACUGAUCAAGGCUUAGGCCGAAACAUUUGUCUAUCUAUCUACCCCUGAAUUAAAUAAAUACUAAAAAGAAACCAUGAAUCUCCUUUUUGAGUGCGGAACAGCUACACAAUUUUUCCAACACAUACAGAACAUUGCUGCUUAAUUCACAGAAAAUCGAUUUAAUUAAAUACAGCUCUUGUUCAAAUGCUAAACAACCACCAGUAUCCUCUUGUACUUUCUAGUAGCUUGAUAUAAAGUUAUAUAUAUAUAUAUAUUCAUUUUUUUUCUCACCUUUAUUAACCAGGUAAGUCAGUUGAGAACAAGUUCUCAUUUACAAAUGUGACCUGGCCAAGAUAAAGCAAAAGCAGUGCAAUAAAAACAACAUGACAGAGUUACAUAUGGGGUAAAACAAAACAUAAAGUAAAAAAUACAACAGAAAAUAUAUAUACAGUGUGUGCAAAUGUAGCAAGUUAUGGAGGUAAGGCAAUAAAUAGGCCAUAGUGCAAAAUAAUUACAAUUAUUAUUAACACUGGAAUGAUAGAUGUGCAAGAGAUGAUGUGCAAAUAGAGAUACUGGGGUGCAAAUGAGCAAAAUAAAUAACAAUAUGGGGAUGAGGUAGUUGGGUGGGCUAAUUUCAGAUGGGCUGUGUACAGGUGCAGUGAUCGGUAAGGUGCUCUGACAACUGAUGCUUAAAGUUGGUGAGGGAGAUAAGAGUCUCCAGCUUCAGAGAUUUUUGCAAUUCGUUCCAGUCAUUGGCAGCAGAGAACUGGAAGGAAUGGCGGCCAAAGGAGCUGUUGGCUUUGGGGAUGACCAGUGAGAUAUACCUGCUGGAGCGCAUACUACGGAUGGGUGUUACUAUGGUGACCAAUGAGCCAAGAUAAGGCGGGGAUUUGCCUAGCAGUGAUUUAUAGAUGGCCUGGAGCCAGUGGGUUUGGCGACGAAUAUGUAGUGAGGACCAGCCAACAAGAGCAUACAGGUCUCCCGAGUGGCGCAGUGGUCUAAGGCACUGCAUCGCAGUGUUAACUGUGCCACCAGAGAUCCUGGUUCGAAUCCAGGCUCUGUCGCAGCCGGCCGCGACCGGGAGACCCAUGGGGCGGCGCACAAUUGGCCCAGCGUCGUCCAGGGUAGGGGAGGGAAUGGCCGGCAGGGAUGUAGCUCAGUUGAUAGAGCAUGGCGUUUGCAACGCCAGGGUUGUGGGUUUGAUUCCCACGGGGGGCCAGUAUAAAAAAAAGAUCUAUUCGCUAACUGUAAGUCGCUCUGGAUAAGAGCGUCUGCUAAAUGACUAAAAUGUAAAUGUAAAUGUAGGUCACAGUGAUGGGUAGUAUAUGGGGCUUUGGUGACAAAACGGAUGGCACUGUGAUAGACUACAUCCAAAAUGCUGAGUAGAGUGUUGGAGGCUAUUUUGUAAAUGACAUCGCCGAAGUCAAGGAUCGGUAGGAUAGUCAGUUUUACGAGGGCAUGUUUGGCAGCAUGAGUGAAGGAGGCUUUGCGAAAUAGGAAGCCGAUUCUAGAUUUAACUUUGGAUUGGAGAUGCUUAAUGUGAUUCUGGAAGGAGAGUUUACAGUCUAACCAGACACCUAGGUAUUUGUAGUUGUCCACAUACUCUAGGUCAGACCCGUUGAGAGUAGUGAUUCUAGUCGGGUGGGCGGGUGCCAGCAGCGUUCGAUUGAAGAGCAUGCAUUUAGUUUCACUAGUGUUUAAGAGCAGUUGGAGGCUACUGAAGGAGUGUUGUAUGGCAUUGAAGCUCGUUUGGAGGUUUGUUAACACAGUGUCCAAUGAAGGGCCAGAUGUAUACAAAAUGGUGUCGUCUGCGUAGAGGUGGAUCUGAGAGUCACCAGCAGCAAGAGCGACAUCAUUGAUAUACACGGAGAAAAGAGUCGGCCGAAGAAUUGAACCCUGUGGUACCCCCAUACAGACUGCCAUAGGUCCAGACAACAGGCCCUCCGUUUUGACACAUUGAACUCUAUCUGAGAAGUAGUUGGUGAACCAGGCGAGGCAGUCAUUUGAGAAACCAAAGCUAUUUAGUCUGCCAAUAAGAAUGCGGUGGUUGACAGAGUCAAAAGCCUUGGCCAGGUCGAUGAAGACGGCUGCACAGUACUGUCUAUUAUCGAUCGCGGUUAUAAUAUCGUUUAUGACCUUGAGCGUGGCUGAGGUGCACCCAUGACCAGCUCGGAAACCGGAUUGCAUAGCGGAGAAGGUACGUUGGGAUUCGAAAUGGUCGGUGAUCUGUUUGUUAACUUGGCUUUCAAAAACAUUCGAAAGGCAGGGCAGGAUGGAUAUAGGUCUGUAACAGUUUGGAUCUAGAGUGUCACCCCCAUUGAAGAGGGGGAUGACCGCGGCAGCUUUCCAAUCUCUGGGGAUCUCAGACAUUACGAAAGAGAGGUUGAACAGGCUAGUAAUAGAGGUUGCGACAAUUUCGGCGGCUAAUUUCAGAAAGAAAGGGUCCAGAUUGUCUAUCCCAGAUGAUUUGUAGGGGUCCAGAUUUUGCAGCUCUUUCAGAACAUCAGCUGUCUGAAUUUGUGUGAAGGAGAAGCGGGGGGGGGGGGGGGGGGGGGGGGGGGCAUGGGCAAGUUGCAGCGGAGGGUGCAAAUUUCUGUUUGAAAAAGCUAGCCUUUGCUUUCCUAACUGCUUGUGUAUAUUGGUUCCUAACUUCCCUGAAAAGUUGCAUAUCGCGGGGGCUAUUCGAUGCUAAUGCAGUACGCCACAGGAUUUUUGUGCUGGUCAAGGGCAGUCAAGUCUGAGGAGAACCAGGGGCUAUAUCUGUUCUUAGUUCUGUAUUUUUUGAAUGGGGCAUGUUUAUUUAAGAUUGAGAGGAAAUUACUUUUAAAGAACAACCAGGCAUCCUCUACUGACGGAAUGAGAUCGAUAUCCAUCCAGGAUACCUGGGCCAGGUCAAUUAGGAAGGCCUGCUCGCUAAAAUGUUUUAGGGAGUGUUUGACAGUGAUGAGGGGUGGUCGUUUGACCGCGGACCCGUUACGGAUGCAGGCAAUAAGGCAGUGAUCGCUGAGAUCCUGGUUGAAGACAGCGGAGGUGUAUUUAGAGGGUAAGUUAGUCAGGAUGAUAUCUAUGAGGGUGCCCAUGUUUACGGAUUUAGGGUAUGUUCCCUUUUAGGGCAACAAAGAAAAGGUCUGAUGGUCGUGAAGACACAGUCAGACAUUCAUUCUAUAUAUUUAGGCUAAAGUGCAGAAGAAUUUUAGGCCUUUUCCACUUUUAACUCUGUUCUCUCGUCUAUUCUCUUCCUGCAGGACACACAGGAAGUCGUGGCUCCUUCUGCUACACAAAUGCAAUACGCCUUAGGGGCCACCAGGAAUACAACCACGCCUUUGGGGCUGCAGCCCUCCAUAGAGACUGAUUGGGCCCCUCUGAGGUGUCCUAACCCAGCCCCAGCUAAACACUGCUGCCUGGGUGUGUGACUGAGCACUAGACAUGAGCUGUGUCUGAGUGAGUGUGAGUGUGUGUGUGAGGUGUGUGAUUGAGCUUUACCCAUGACGACGGUGGAGAAGCGCCACUUCAGCCGCAGGGGCAGCGGCCACAGGAAGCACAGCAGCGGCGGCAUGAGCGACACAUCCAGUGGAGGCUCGAUCCUGGACGACACAGACCGUGAGGUCAGCAGCCUGACUGACCGAUCCUUCAGGAGCCUCUGCAUCGGGGAAGAAGCUGUUUACAACGACUCUGACCUGGGCUCCUCACCGUCAGCUCAGAGAGAGAGACACCAGGCCUUCAGCCAAGAGAUUAUAGCUGCCCAGGACAGCCAGGGCUGGGAGAAGGAGGACAGGGAAAGGGAUGCUCUCAAGAGAGCCGCCCAAGAGAGCUUCAGCCUCAGUCUCCAGCAGUAUGGACAGGGAGGGGGUGAGGCGGGUUGGGAGGGGGAGGGGAGGAUGUGGACGGGACAGUGUGGUUUAGAGAACCAGGAUUAUUCGGGGUGGGAGGGGCAAGGGGAGAGGAGGACAGAGGGAAGGGUGUCUACCACAUUCCAGCGCUCCUUCAUGGACGUGUCUCAGCAGGAGAAGACUCUGAGGGAGGAGAGACUGUCCUUCCUGAGUUAUGGAGGGUCCGACACCAGCUGGCAGCAGCGUCGCAGUCGCUCCCGAGUCUCCUCUCUCAUCAAAGCCUUUAGCUCGGAGGGUUAUGGAGGUGGGGAUGGGUGGAUGGAGGGGAAACUCAGGGACUGGAACAAUGAGUCCUCCUGGGACAAGUCAGCUCUGAUGAGCAUCCAGAGAGAGCUGUCUGAGUUCUCUACGGCGUACCCCCAUAACUUUAACACUGGCCCCUUCCCCGCGGCCGGCGCCUUCCCCAGGCAGACAGGCCCCUUACCCCCCAGUAGGAACAGCCUGUACCCCUCUGAUGUAUCUUCUGCUGUGUCUCAGAUGGACAAAACAUCCUCCUUUAUGAGAUCCUCCCACAGUAAACAAAGCAUGUUUGCGCAGCUCAACUCAACCUCUAACUUCUUUCUCCAUAGUGAGUUCAGCCCCUUCCAGCCCCUGUGGAGAGACCAUAACAGAUUCCCCUUCCAGCAGGGAGGUGUCUCCGGGUUCAUGUCCCCUGCAGACUUCCCUAAAUGGUACGACUCGCCCAUGUACAAGGAGCUGACAUUCGAACAGCAGUUCUACACGCCCCCUGGGAUCAAGGAGACAGUGUAUGGACCCCAACGUAAGCCCAUGGAGGGGGGCUCCACAGUGCUGCAGAAGGCCUCGGCCCUAGAGAAACGCUCUGAGUCUGAGCUGGCCGGUCACUAUCCACCCUGGAAACGCACCCAGAGCGUGGGGUCAAACAGAUAUCCCUCACUCCGUCCCUCAACAGUCUCUCCUACCAGGUCCCGACUUGGCCAAGAUGCUGUCAGCGCCGUCACUGAGUUCCAGCACACCGAGCGGUUUACCAAAUUGACCACAGAGCAGAGUGUUACAACGGUCCUAAACAGCGCCGAGCAGAGUAGUGUAGUGAAAGGCAACAAGAACAGUGUAAUUUCCUGUAGCAACAAAGUUAGCACAGUAGCAGUGGAGCAGGGUGUAGUCGCUAGCAACACCAGCACCACUCCCUUUAACUUCACCCAGCUGUUGACACCUGUCAUCCACAAUCCUCAAGACACUGACACCACCUCAGAGGUGCUAGAGUACGCCCUCUCACCCCCCCUCACCCUCGAACAGCCCCCCAUCUGGGGCGAGAGAGAGAGGGAGAGAAGGGGGGCCACACCAGAGGUGAGGAUGUCCAGCUACAAGUCCAGAGCCUCCGGUCUCCUCUUCAACCUGAAAGACAAUAGGAAGAGGGUGAAAAGCACCUACAGUCCCACCAAGUUCAAAGGCCUGGAAGUGACUGGCAGGAGUAAAUCUAACCUGGACGGCUAUGAGCCCAGAGACACAGUGAUAGAUAUGCCAGCUAUCUUAGACAUCCCUGUUCCCCAGGAGGUAGUACAGGAGGAGCCCAAUGCAGUAGACACUUCAUUUCACCCCCAUACCAACCCACAGUAUAGCCCCUCAUUGCAGCCAACCACUGCACACUCUUCCCAACACUUGGACUACACAGACACUAGUAAACCAGAGGCCUAUCAGGCAGUGAGGUCGUCUCAGACUCAGGAGGAGAUGGUUUACCAUCAGGAGUACAGUGGAAACUACAGUAGUAGAGAUCAGCUCACUACCAGUCAGAACAGCCAAGGUGGGUUAACACAAUUUAUUAAACCAGAUGAAAUAAAUAGGACUGAGCUCCUCCAAAAUCAUAUGUAUGAGCAAGUCAGACCCACAAAACCAGGCCUAGACAACACCCUUCCUACAGUGAGAUCACCCCUCCCUAACACUAAGCCCAAACCUUACCCUAGCCCUAAUUGUACCCCUAACCCACCCCCGGCAGUCAUAGACACUUAUAGGAGAGAUGGAAUCACUGCAAAACAAACCAACACUGUAAACAGAGAUGCACUAGUAUCUAAACAAAUUAUUGAGCCCAAUACAAACCAGGCUACAGUAGAGAGAUACACAAAGGCAUGUGGAUAUGACCAAGUGAGAGAGAACAAAUAUGGGUUGGGUGUGAAUGACAGAGUUACAACAGACGUGCCUCCAUGGAAAGGGGAGAUCGCUGCACUAAUAGAAAAAGACAAACAGUCUCUACCCUCACACAGAGCAGCUACAAUGAAGCAGGACCCAAACCAGAAAUAUGGAAAUGAGUGGAAUAUAUAUGGACAACAAGAAAAGAGAGAACAGGGGGAGCAGUAUGUAUCUGAUGGAAGGGUGCAUCCAGCAGGUGAAGUCUUAAUAGGUAAAAAUAGCCUUCCAUAUAAGGAAACGCUUCCAGUUCCUGAUCACACACUGGCCAAUCAGGAGGAACUGUCAAACAGAUUCGCUCAAAACACAGACUACCCUCUGAGUCAGCAGAUCAUCAGAGACCCUGUAAAAGAAAAAUACUAUUCUGGGACUUUUAUGGACAAGUAUGGAACUGUAGAUCAGUAUCGAGUCAAUGAGGAAUCUCUCACCACCAAAGAGAAGUAUCAGAACCAAAAUGAUCACUUGUACAGGGGUAAAGGACAAGACCACAGAAAACAGAGUCUGUAUUCGGAGGGUGAUAAAACAUAUUCAGUCCAUAACACCCUGACAGAAAGAGAGCAACCUGUUCAGAGAAAACCACAUGCCCCAUGGGUGGACGACAACAAACUACCCAGACACGAAAGAUAUAUAUAUGACCAGGAUAUACAGUGGAAUUCAUCAUACAAGAAUGAGAACAGACAAUACACAGACAAUGCAGCUGUAACAGCACAAUGGGCAAAAGAUCACAGCCAGUAUACUGACAGCACUGCUACAAUAUUGCAACAGAUAAAAGGAGAAUUUAGUGCAAUUAACAGUCACCAAUAUCCCAAAAGUACUACGUAUGACCCCAAUAAGAUGCACACAACAGGGCUAGCUAUAGCAGAACAAGCUAAAUUAAAGCAAGAUAAAGCAGCGUUAGCUAAAUCAAAACAGGCUAAAAUAGAGCAAGUGAAAGCAGAGCUAGAUAAAGCAGAACAAGUUCAAGCAGAAAUAGCUAAAGCAGAGUUAGCUAACGCAGAGUUAGCUAAAGCAGAACAAUCUAAAGCAGAAAAUGCUCAAGCAGAACAGGCUAAAGCAGAGUUAACUAAAGCAGAACAAGCUAAAGCAGAGCAAGCUAAAGCAGAACUAGCUAAAGCAGAACAAGUGAAAGCAGAGCUAGCUAAAGCAGAGCAAGCUAAAGCAGAACUAGAAAAAGGAGAGAAAGCUAAAACUGAGUUAGCUAAAGCAGAGCUAGUUAAAGCUGAACAAGCUAAAGCAGAGCAAGCUAAAGCAGAACUAGAAAAAGGAGAGAAAGCUAAAACUGAGUUAGCUAAAGCAGAGCUAGCGAAAGCAGAACAAGUGAAAGCAGAGCUAGCUAAAGCAGAACAAGCUAAAUCAGAGAGCGCUAGAGCAGAGAAAGCUAAAGCUGAGUUACCUAAAGCUAAAGCAGAACAAAAUAAAGCAGAGCAAGGUAAAGCAGAACUAGCUAAAGUAGAGUUAUCAAAAGCUCAAACAGAACAAGCAAAAGCAGAGCUUGCUAAAGUGAAACUAGCUAAAGCACAGUCAGCUAAAGCUCAAGCAGAACAAGCUAAAGCAGAGCAAGUGAAAGCAGAACUAGCAAAAACAGAGUUGGCUAAAGUAGAGAAAGAUAAAGAAGAGUUAGCUCAAACUCAAGCGGAACAAGCUAAAGCAGAAUUAACUAAAGCAGAGUUGGUUAAAGCAGAGUUGGUUAAAGCAGAGUUGGUUAAAGCAGAGUUAGCUAAAGCAGAGUUAGCUAAAACAGAACAAGCUAAAGCAGAGUUAGCUAAAGCAGAGCUUGCAAAAGCAAAGAAUGAUGAACCUGCUCAGUACAGUUCAUGGUCAGCCAGUGAGGACAGAUAUGGUAUAAACAAUAUCCUCACUACCAGAGACUAUGAACAGGUGAAGAGAGAGCAACGGAGAGAGAAAAAGUACAGUGUCAACGAAGCCGUUGCAGCAACAGAUGACAAUCUCACCGAUCACACCAUAUCUGCAAAGGCAGAGAACAAAACACUCCAGCAGAAAGAUGUCUCUCCCAUCAGCAGGUAUGAAAGAGCAGACAGGGGGGGAGUUGACUACAACAGAUUGAGAGAGAAAUACGGGUUCAGUCAUGCAGUUUCAGCUAAGGAAAACAAACAGCCCUCUAAGGAUGUAGCUGCAACAGAUGAGAGUGAAAAGACUCCGAAUGAUGCACUUGCCACUAAUAAACAUGAGCGGGGGAGUGAGGGUCAAUGGGUUUACAGCGAGUCAUCCAAACAAUUCAAACUGGCCAGUCAGAUUGAGAGUAAGACGAAGCCUGCUGACCAGACUGCAGCAAUGAGUAAAGACGUCCAUCCAUCCUCAUUCAGAGCUCUGUCACUAAAAGAGAAAGGCCAGACCAAGCAAGAGAUACUGACGUCAAAACUGAAGGCCCACGCUGAAAAGGAGAUCUCAGCCAUCAAAGAGAAAGGUUUUGGUAAACGAGACAGACUCUUAUCAAGAAACCCCACCAAGCACCAGGAACACAGAGAGAGAGGUCAGAGUGGACAGGAAGUGAAGAGCGUUAAAAAUGAUCCAUCCAGGUGUGAAAAACAAACAAUCAACAGCCAACUCAGUAUCAGGAAGGAAGCACCUCAAUCACAACAUAAAGAGCCAGCUAAAACUGAAGCAUCGGCUGUCAGUGAUGGUCAACAGUCAACAGCAUCACUGGAACAGGCCAGAAACAGGUCAAAGGUCAGUGAUAUAACUGAAAAGGCAGUGCUCCAUUCAAAGAAGGAGGAAAGUAAAAAUGAGGCCAUCUCUGACGACCAAAAUGAUCUUAAACUUGUUCUUGGGAAGAGUGAGGCAGUUUCAGAUGAUGACAGUUUGCAGAUCAUGGGGAUAAUGGUGACCAUAAGAGAACCCUCAGUGGAUAAAGAGAAUGUUUUUACUCCACAACAACCCACCCCAGUAAAAGAUAAGAUAAACAGGGAAGAAGAGGCAAUUAUUUCCAAUAAAAAUCAACUCAGCUCAGGCCAACUUCCCAACAACAAUUCAGGCCAUUUGAAACAAGAGACUUCUCCAGCCAUGGCUCCCAUUGCAGAUGAAAGAAUUUCAGAUAAUAAUGUUAAAUCAACUGUAACAAGCGAAAGAGAAGACACUACAUUUGCUGAGCCUGUAAUUCCAGAAAAGGCCAGAGUAAAACAGCAAACACAGUUGCCAGAGGGGAAAGGUGAACCUAAAACUGAAUGUGUUAUAAGUGAGAGUAAGCAGGCUAGAAGUGCACCUGAAACCACAAAGAAAGAUCCCCCCAAAAAUGAGAAGCCUGUGAGGAACGAGAAUUAUUCACAGGAGAUUCCUCCAUCGUAUGGGAGAGAUCAGUCUCGGAUGGAAACUCUACUCCAUGACACCUCUGCAGUUAAAGAUGGACGCUCAGCAGAGGUCAAACCGGCUAAAAAUAAACAGUUGGCUGAAACUCAACCUCUCCUCUUUAAACAUGGCAUCACUGCACGAAACCCUAACGACUACGCAAAUAACAACCCUCCUACUAAUGAAACCAUCGGCAAGGCCGACCUUGCACCAGUGGAAAUGGCAAAGAGCAGUGUCGUUCAAGGUGGCAAAGACGUCAGCAUUGAAGAUGGCCAAGUGGAGAAUUUACACAUAGAAAGUAUUACUAUCCGUGUUGUAUCAUUAAUAAGUGAGAUUGACAACGACAAAACUACCAAACAUGUUUCUUCAGGAGCAGAGAAACCCACUGGUGACAAUAAUCUUCACACUGAUAGUAUAGCCAUCCGUGUUGUGUCAGGAGUGAGUGAGAACAACAAUGUGGAAACAACAGCAAAAGAGAGAGAGCAUAACCCAGCACUUCCAACAAGUGAAAAAGUGUAUUGUAAACCAGAGGUGAAACCAAGAGAGAAGGUGCUGCCUACUGUCCCAACUGCCAUCGCAGACUACGCCAGACUAAAGGUGAUCUCUACAGAAGAAGAUUCCUCUCCUAACAUGCACAGUCCAAGCAGAAAGGAUGGAUAUUUUCCCAUGAUACAGACUUGCCGCAGUAGAUGUCCAGUCUUGACAACUGAACAACAAGACCACCCAGUGACGGGAGGGAUGUCGAGGAAAGAAGCAGUAGCUGUGAAAGAACCAGAGGUUCCCUCCAAACUAAACAUGGAGGCUAAGAUAGGAGUGUUGUCUUCCAUGGAGCAGGAACAGAGAAAGAAAGGGAUGUUCAAACUGAGGGAAAAAGACAAACAGGCAAUCUCAUUCAAUGAGGCAAAAUCUACUGAGGGAUUCACAGAGACAACAGAUACACACUCUCUUAAACACGACACUGUGCCACAACCAGAACAUACAACAACUUCAGGGUACCAACCUGGGUACCAAUCUGAGAUUGAUAGGAACCAAAGACUCUAUCAAUCCCAGAAUCCUCCUCUGCCAGCUCACUCCAUACCCUCGCAGGUCGACGUUAAGACCAGAAACCCCUCUUUCUCACAACAACCCAUCCAACCCACUCAUGUUGACAUGCCUGGAAAAUACCUGUUCUUCCCUACAGAAGAGGCAACGCAAUAUAUGGAGAAAACACAUGCAACACAGGCCUCUCUGGGAGACAUAUAUAGCGUGGAAAAGAGAGAGGAGGAGAGGAGAGAGAGACAGAGAGAGGAGCACAGGAAAGAGGAGGAGAGGAAGACAAAACAGAGAGAGGAGCAGAAGCAGAGACAGGAGGAUAGGAAGACAAGACAGAGAGAGGAGGAGAGGAUGGCGAGAAAGAAAGAGGAGAGGGAAGAGGAGGAGAGGACUGAGCAACAGCGACAGAGAGAGGAGGAGGAGAACAAAGAGGAGGAGAGGAAGGUAAGAUGGAGAGACGAGGAGAGGAUGGCGAUUGCGAGACAGAAAGAAGAGGAGGGGAAAGAGGAAGAGAGGAGAGAGCAACAGCGACGGAGAGAGGAGAAGAAAUCGGAGGAGAUGAGGAAGAGACAGAGAGAAGAGGAGAGGAUGGCUAGACAGAAAAAAGAGGAGAGGAAAGAGAAGGAGAGACGUGAGCGACAGAGUGAGGAGGAGAAGAAAGAGGAGGAGAGGAGGGUGGUACAGAGAGAGGAGGAGAGAAAAGAGAAGGAGAGGAGAGAGCAACAGCGACAGAGAGAGGAGGAGAAGAAAGAGGAGGAGAGGAGGGUGGUACAGAGAGAGGAGGAGAGAAAAGAGAAGGAGAGGAGAGAGCAACAGCGACAGAGAGAGGAGGAAAAGAAAGAGGAGGAGAGGAGGGUGGUACAGAGAGAGGAGGAGAGAAAAGAGAAGGAGAGGAGAGAGCAACAGCGACAGAGAGAGGAGGAGAAGAAAGAGGAGGAGAGGAGGGAGGUACAGAGAGAGGAGGAGAGAAAAGAGAAGGAGAGGAGAGAGCAACAGCGACAGAGAGAGGAGGAGAAGAAAGAGGAGGAGAGGAGGGUGGUACAGAGAGAGGAGGAGAGAAAAGAGAAGGAGAGGAGAGAGCAACAGCGACAGAGAGAGGAGGAGAAGAAAGAGGAGGAGAGGAGGGUGGUACAGAGAGAGGAGGAGAGAAAAGAGAAGGAGAGGAGAGAGCAACAGCGACAGAGAGAGGAGGAGAAGAAAGAGGAGGAGAGGAGGGUGAUACAGAGAGAGGAGGAGAGAAAAGAGAAGGAGAGGAGAGAGCAACAGCGACAGAGAGAGGAGGAGAAGAAAGAGGAGGAGAGGAGGGUGAUACAGAGAGAGGAGGAGAGAAAAGAGGAGGAGAGGAGAGAGCAACAGCGACAGAGAGAGGAGGAGAAGAAAGAGGAGGAGAGGAGGGUGAGACAGAUAGAGGAGGAGAGGAAAGAGGAGGAGAGGAGGGUGGUACAGAGAGAGGAGGAGAGAAAAGAGAAGGAGAGGAGAGAGCAACAGCGACAGAAGGACGAGGAGAGGAGGGUGAGACAGAUAGAGGAGGAGAGGAAAGAGGCGGAGAGGAGGGCGAGACAGAGAGAAGAGGAGAGGCUAGCAAGACAGAAAGGGGAGAAUCUGAAAGAGGAAGAGAGGAGAGAGCAACAGAGAAAGGAGGAGGAGAGGAGGGCAAAACAGAGAGAAGGGGAGAGGAUGGCGAGACAGAAAGAGGAGGAGAGGAGAGAGGAACAGCAACACAGAGAGGAGGAGGAGAGGAGGAAGAGACAGAGAGAAGAGGAGAGGAUGGUGAGACAGAAAGAGGAGGAGAGGAGAGAGGAACAGCAACAGAUAGAGGAGGAAGAGAGGAGGGCGACACGGAGAGAAGAGGAGAGGAAAGAGAAGGAGAGGAGAGAGCAACAGCGACAAAGAGAUGAGGAAAGCAUGAAGAGACAGAAAGAGGAAGAGAGGAAAGAGAAGGAGAGGAGAGAGCCACAGCGACAGAGAGAAGAGGAGAAGAAAGAGGAGAAGUGGAGGGCGAGACAGAAAGAGGAGGAGAAGAUGGAUGCUCUCCAGUAUUAUUCCAUCAGCAGCUCUGAGGGUCAAACCAGACCCAGGGACAUACCCCUCUUCUCCCCCCAGCCCUCCCCACGCAGGGGGGACCCUGAGGACUGGGAGUCCUAUGGUAGACCUCACCUCCCUACCUCCCCUGCCCCCCCUUCCACCCGCUCCAACACCUCCUCCCCCAGCCUCGGGGGCAAGCCCACCAUGUUCAGAGUCAAAGACAACACCUUCAGAGGCUCCCCUCUCACCAAGUCAGUCAAACCACGCUUCCACAAGAGCUUCGGAGAAGAGUUCAGGGUGGGCUCAGCCCUCUGGAGCGGAUCAGAGAAGGGAGACGAGGAGCACGAAAGGCAGAGAGAGAGCGCCGAGACUCCUGUAUAUCAUGACUCCGCCAUCUCGUCACACCGACUCCCCCGCAUUCGAGAGACUCAGCCUUCGAAAGAGUUCACCGCCCCCUCAGAGACCACCUACACAUACCCCUACUCCAGGUGCUACUCCAGGAGGAAUGUGGCUCUGGACGAUGAUGACUCUCGCUCAAUGAUCAGCAACAUGUCUGGGGAUGCUGAGAGUUAUGCCACCAGUGUAGCCGACGUGUCUGACUUCAGGUCCGACAGGUACUCAGGUCUGUACGACUCUGAGUUCGCCAGCAGGUGGGGCUAUGACAGGCCAGAUUCAGCCUGUAGUUUUACCAGUGACAUAGGACGGCCACUUGGGAAGCCCCCGAGUGUUCCUCCUAAGAGUGAGAAAGCUCUACGGAGAGCCAAGAGGCUCACUACCCGCAGGAUAAAGAAAGAGUCGAAGACUGAAACAGACAGCACUGCUGACCCAGUGGAGAAACCGGUCCGUGCGGUCGCUAGUGUCCCCUCCUCACCCUCGGAGCUACGAUCCUCCAACCGUCACGCUCGUGCCUCCCCCCAUUUCACUGCCCCUAUCUCCCUGCCCCUCGCCCCAACUCACAUCUCCAGUGUCCCCUCUUCUCCAACUGAUUUAGGAUCCACCCAUUACCCAUCCUUCCACGCCUCCCCCCACGCCAAAGCCCCUGUCUUCCUUCCCCUCGCCUCACCCCAUGCCUCACCCCCUGUCUCCCACCCCCGAGUCCCAACGCAAGCGGCCAGUGUACCCUCCUCACCCACUCACCACCACCCUGCUCACCCCAGACACCUUGUCUCACCCCUGGCCUCCCCCCUCACCUCCCGCCUGAAUGUCCCUCAGUAUCACGUAGACCCCAACUACCCUUCCCCGCCCUCCCUCAGCAUCCCCCAGCACUUCACCCAAAGUUUAACCCAGAAGAAGGUUCUACAGGACCCGGGGUCUGGUCAGUACUUUGUGGUGGACAUGCCUGUCCAGGUGAAGACCAAGACCUUCUUUGACCCAGAGACGGGGAAGUACGUCCAGCUGAAUGUCCGUCAGCCAGCCCAGGGAGGCUCUCUGUCUCAGCCCCAGCCACAGUGUUAUACCCAGUCCCUUCCCGAAGCCACAUACACCCAGCCCCAGGCUCCUCCAGCCAGCCGGCCCUAUGUGCUCUACCAGGGAUACCCCCAGAGAUACCAGCCCAUGCCCGUAUCCUCCCUGCCCAUUCACAGGUCUCUCUCUGGAAUGUCUGCCUUGGUGUCUCCCACCCAGGACCCACAGCCUACAGAGGAGAGUCAGGGUUGGGCAGAGGAUGGAGAGAGGCAAGGAGAGGGCUGGAGCAGCCAGGGCUAUGAAGGACAGGAGGAGAGAAUGGAGAGAGAGACAUAUGGACAGAGCUACAGCCAAGAGCAGACACCUUACAUGGACACAGCUCAUGACACACACACUGCGCAUGACACACACACAGUGAACGACACACACACUUCGUACGACACACACAACCAGCUGGACAAGGGCGCAGUGGACAGUGAUGAUACUAAAUCCGCCCCCCACCGUGAUAUCAUCACCAUGAGCGAGCUGGAGGACUUUGCUAUCGAUUCCGGUGACUGGUGACGACACUGAUUGACAGCUUUUGUUUCACUGAAGCAGUCCGGUUAGGAUCGUGUUCAUUAGGCACCAAAUGGAAGAAAAUUGACUGAAAUUGACUUUUUCCGUUACGUGCCCUAAUAAUGAACACAACCCUGGUCUCUCUAG